GAGAGCUUAUUUUCCAUGAUUGUUUUCGCAAUUCGCAUUUUAAACACCGGCAAAAUAGAAAUCGUUGCUGAUCUAGUUUCGAUCGUCCAAAAACCCUAGAAAAAAGAUCGAAAGUUCUAACAUGGGCAACUUCGUAGUGCAUGCUGGAUGAUUGGUACUGCUAGCUGCUUACUGUUAUUGAGACAUUUGGAAUCUGGGUAGCGGGAUGGCUUCGGAACCAGCUGAUACAUCCUCUUCACCGCCUGUUACAGUUCCCAAUGUUCAUGACUCUGUUGCUCCUAAACAAGAGACUUCUGCACGCGAUGCCCCAUCAAUAUUAUCUGCGUCUGGCAUAUCCUCAUGGGCCAGAAGUCUCAAGAUUCCACAACCCUCUGAACUACAUGAAUCUCAGUCUGGAAAUUCAGGGAAGUCCACAUUUGCACGUUUCACCAGUGGCUUUGGGUUACGUUUAUCUCCAAAAUCAACUACACAAGAUGAGAGUGCUGCUACCGAGAGUACUUCGACUGCUGCGCAAUCUGGUGUUCUGGGAUCACUUACGAAAGGAUUUGUGGACUCGUCUAGAAGUGCAGUGAAGGCUGUGCAGGUCAAGGCUCGGCACAUUGUCUCUCAGAACAAGCGAAGAUAUCAGGAAGGUGGAUUUGAUUUGGAUAUGACAUAUAUCACUGAGAAUAUUAUUGCUAUGGGAUUUCCUGCUGGUGAUAUGAGCUCCGGUUUCUUUGGAUAUGUUGAGGGGUUCUACCGUAACCAUAUGGAAGAAGUAAUCAAGUUCUUUGAAACUCAUCACAAGGGGAAAUACAAAGUAUACAAUCUUUGUUCAGAGAGGCUGUAUGAUGCAUCACUAUUUGAGGGCAAGGUGGCUUGUUUCCCAUUUGAUGAUCAUAAUUGCCCCCCAAUUCAACUUAUAAUAUCAUUUUGUCAAAGUGCUUACUCAUGGUUAAAGGAGGAUAUUGAAAAUGUGGUUGUUGUUCACUGUAAAGCUGGUAUGGCGAGGACAGGAUUAAUGAUUUCAAGCCUCCUCCUAUUUCUCAAGUUCUUUCCAACAGCUGAGGAGUCCAUUGAGUACUACAAUCAGAAAAGAUGUUUGGAUGGAAAGGGUCUUGUGCUUCCAAGUCAAAUUAGGUAUGUUAAAUAUUUCGAACGCAUCUUAACAUUCUUCAAUGGAGAAAAUCAGCCUGCGCGAAGGUGCAUGCUUCGGGGUUUUCGCCUUCAUAGGUGUCCUUAUUGGAUUAGGCCCUCGAUUACUGUCUCUGAUCAUAAUGGAGUUCUCUUCUCAACAAAAAAACAUCCAAGGACUAAGGAUUUGAUGCCUGAAGAUUUUUGGUUUAGUGCACCAAGGAAAGGUAUCAUGGUCUUUGCUUUACCCGGGGAGCCUGGUCUGACAGAGUUGGCUGGUGACUUCAAAGUCCAUUUUCAUGACCGUCAAGGCGAUUUCUACUGUUGGUUGAAUACAACAAUGGUGGAAAACAGGAAGAUUUUGAACACAUCAGAUCUUGAUGGUUUUGACAAGAGGAAACUGCCUUCCCCUGGGUUCCAGGUGGAGGUUGUGUUGAUAGAUUAUGAUGGUACGGUCCCGACGAAGGUCAAAACCGAAACCGUCAGCAAGGAAUCAGAUAGAAGCUCAGGCACUGCUGCCGUGGCUGAUGGUCCUACUACUAGGCCUUCGGACCCAAGUAAAGGCUCUGCUAGCAAUGACAAGGACGAUGUUUUCUCGGACAGCGAAGCAGAGGAGGGCGGGUCUGUCAAGAGCCGACAAGCUCGAGAGGCAACUGCUGGGAGAGGGACCGCUGAUGCUGGUGGGAGACCUAAAACAGAGAAACCAAAGGAGGAAAUGGCGAGCGUAACUCAUGGCAUUGAACAAGUUUCUCUCAGAAGUGAAGGAGCGAAAGAGAACCCCAACACCAGUGAAAUGAAAAAUGAAGGCGCUAGUGGGGCUGCCUCAUUUGAGGUCCCGAAAUCGGAUUUGUCGGGAGUGAGUGAAUUCAAGGCAAUCGCUGCAGAUGCUUCUGUUUUUACUUUCGGCGAUGAAGAAGACUACGAAAGCGAAUGAGUGGGGGUGGCAUUGGCAUUUUAUGGUUGUCACAAUAUGUACAGAAGAUUUGUAAGAAAUUCAGAUUGAAGGAUCUUCAAAAGAAGUGAUGUGGGAGAUGUUUCUUCUUCUUGAUUGAGAAGAGAUUGAAAAUUCUAUUACAUUCUAUUUAUGACAGUUUUGCAAGUGGGCCAGGGCCACAGCUUCAACAUCGUUA